GGCUGAAAUUCUUUGGGGCAUAGUGUUAACCAAGUUUUGGCAACAAUUUGGUGUAAAACGCUCCCAUAUUUCUUGAAGCUUUUGUCUCAGUUCGGUGAUUGUACGAGCAGGAUGUUGUCGUAUAACCUUUUUUAUCUCGUGUCACAAAGUUUCAAUAGUGGUACAUUAUUUUCUUCCAUCCAUUUUAUAACCUUUUUUGAGGUAUGGCACGCUGCACCAUCUUGCUGAAACACAACAUCUUGGCCGGAUGUCAAAC